GAACUUCAGGGAAAUUGCUUUCGUUAUGAUCAUCUGAAAUAACCACGGAUUUUGGCUGAUCGGAUCAUCUAUUUCUCUCAAAUUGGUGCUAGAACGUUGGAACAGUAAUCCAGCUAAUGUAAUAUGUCCAUGGUUGAACAUCUAUUGUAAUAAUGGCACAUCAAUCGGGGUCCGAAUCUCUCAGCAAAUUUCAUGUUGACAAGCCAGCAGAUGUCCGGGAGGAUGACGCAGAAUCCUCGGAGGGGAGCAUAGAGCGAGAGCUGGAAUGGACACGUGAUCUUGAUGAACCACAGCUUGAAUUUGAUGAAACAGGACUAGAAUUAGCAGCAGAAAGAGAAAUGAGCAAGGAACAAGAGCUGGAACAAGAUGAAGAAGGCAAUGAAAGUCAUCACUAUCAAUCAUUUCGAUUUCGCAACGGCAACAUCGAGUGGACUGUCCUCGAUCUUGAUUCACAGAAUCGCAUUGGAGUGUCAGAACUCCAGAAUGAGUUGGGAGGUCAGGGUGCAUUCAGGAGUGGCGCCAUCACGCCAGAUGGCUUGAUCGAUGAAGAUUUCGAGGAGGAGUUAGGAUCUCCCGCACAGGAAGUGGCCACUGACAUCGAUGCCGACUUCCAGGACAUAGCACGCCUCGGCAUUGUGCAGGUAGCAGGUGAUGACAACUACGGGCGGAAAGUCAUUGUGUUUGCGGCGUGCCGGAUGCCCCAGGCAGCCGACCUUGACCAUCAACAUCAACGGCUGUUAAAAUACAUGAAGUACACCCUUGAUCAGUAUGUGGAGAAUGACUACACCCUUGUCUAUUUCCAUUACGGCUUGAAUAGCAAAAACAAGCCAUCAUUCUCAUGGCUGAGGGAGGCAUACAGGGAGUUUGAUCGAAAGUAUAAAAAGAAUCUGAAGGCUUUGUAUCUAGUCCAUCCAACCAAUUUUAUCAAGUUCUUGUGGGGCUUGUUCAGGCCAAUUAUAAGCGCCAAGUUCGGCCGUAAGGUGCAAUACGUGAACUAUCUGUAUGAGCUGCAAGAGUACCUCCAUUUCGAUCAACUGCCAAUACCACAGAGAGUUCGAGAAUUCGAUGCAAAACGGAUUGCAAAAUAUAAACCGAAGGAGUAUGCUUCUAUCAACCAUGAUGAUCUAGUGCUGAAGAAAAACAAAGUCCAUCCCCGGUCGCAGGCCCAGGUCCAUGCGAGUCUACCAGCUCAACAGUUUGGGGUGACUUUACAAAUAUUGAAAAAUGCAAACCAGGGUGACUGUAUACCCCCAGUGGUGCAGCAGACGAUAAAAUAUCUGAAGGAAAAAGGCUUGGAGACUGAGGGCAUAUUUCGGAGAUGUGCAAAUGCCAACACGGUGCGAACUGUGCAGAGACAAUUCAAUGAAGGGGAUAUGGUCGACUUCCAUGGUCUCGUGGAUGUGCACAUUCCUGCUGUCAUUUUAAAGACAUUCCUCCGCGAGUUGCCCGAACCUCUGUUGACCUUUGACCUUUAUGACGCUAUACUUAGGAUACCUUCUUAUCCGGACCAGGACAAACGCGUCAUGGAGACGAGACGACUAAUCAUUGAUGAGCUGCCAGAUGACAAUUAUGACGUACUGAAAUAUGUCAUUUCUUUCUUGACGUUGGUGAAAGACCAUGCGGACAUGAAUAAAAUGUCAAGUCAGAAUCUAGCAAUCGUGUUCGGACCGAAUCUAAUUUGGCCAAGAAGUCAAGUCUCGCUUACGACAAUGACACAUAUUAAUGCAUUCACAGAACUCUUAAUCUCAAACUAUGAGGAUAUAUUCGUAAAGUGACAGUAGCUCCACCUACUGGGUAGGAGGGGGGAGAUAUGUUACACUAGAACGCAGCUGAACGUCUAUUUCGGAUAGGUCAGCUUCAGUCAAGCUGUGACAUUGGUGAGAAAUCCCCAUUGGGUGAUGUUUUGCCUUUGUCACUUGACUGGAAAAGAGCUACCAGCCUACUAGUCUUAGGAGAAUGUGCAUCCUUUGCUGUUAUGUGCACUGGUUCAUCUUGGAGAGGUACCUAUUAUCUUAUUUCUCUCCAGAAUGACAUUCGGCAAGGCAUGCACGAGGAAAAUAGGAUGUUUUUUUUAUGAAGAUGUACAAACGACGCUAUUUUUUAAGGCAAUUUUAUGACUAUUCAUGAAGCCUUCCUACUUGUUGUUACCACAAGCAAUAGGGUAUUCGUACCAAAUAUCAUGGUUUUGUGUUAAGGUUUUUUAAAUCAAUAGGCUCAUGUUUGAAAGUUUUUUUUAAAUGAAAAAAAAACACAAGAAAAUCCAAUUUUUCAGGCUGCGGUUUUAUCGACUGUAAAUAGUGUACAGAACUGCUAAUUGGGGCUCCCUCAUUGAACCCAGUUAUCGGCAAUAUUUUUAGUUGAUGUGAUGAGAACCUUUCCUUUGCUGACAUGCUCGACAUUGCAGGUCAAUCCGUGUUGUAUAGGGCUGUUUAAAAUGUUGAUUCCUUGGUCACAUUUUCAUUGGAACUAAUAUUCUCAAAGGUGGGUCGUGCAAAGCAGACUUCAAUGGUUUCAGUAUUUUUCUGCGAUAAGAAUGAUUUGCAUUCAGAAGUGAGAGCAGCACUUCUUGGAAACGCUGAGAGUCUCCACGGAUGUAUGCAGAGUAAAAAAUCAACUGCCAGUGUUUUUUGAGUGGAAAGGUUUGUAUUUACCUUACUUCACAAUAGAUGUCAAUACAUUUCUGGUUCUGUUUCCCGCCCCAUGGUGGCAGCAGUGUUGAAGAGUCCCUCCCUGAGAGUUUUCUGUUGUCUGCUUAUGCACACGGCUCUUGGCUGCUUUUUACAAAGAUAUCUGCUCACUUCUGUGUUUAACUUUAGAAGUUUACCAACAAGAAGAGAUUGUGUUGGCAGUAAUUUCAUUGUUUGUAAUAGAAAACAUCACACACGACGUGAAAAUUAUUCUUACGGGAAAAACAGAUCUUCCCUUUGGCACAGCUUUUAUCUUUUGUUAUACCUCAGUCUUGAGCAUGCCCACUCUCAGGUUAGAUUAUCCAUGACGAUAUCUUCUUAUAAUCUUGUGGAGUCAAGUUUGGUUCUGAAAUGUUUUAGGUUGGUCUAUCGUAUCAAGCAAUGGAGUAAAGACUGGCAGACUUGCCCAGAUUCGAAUUCUGUCGUUGGUUGUCUGUUUAUUAUUAGGGCAUUAAAGUGUGUAGCUUCUGAAAUGGUGACCAAAAAACCUAACAGAUUAAAAAGAUGUUGCUUAAUUGUUGCUCCGAAACUAAUGAAUAGUAUGAGCAUUGGUUAGUUUAGUUGGGUUAAUUGGAAAAGUUGUACAUUCAAAACAUUUACUGCCAAAACUUAAUUUAUUUACUGUACUGGUAGUUUAUUAGAUGGAGCUUUCAAUAUGAUUUUAUCAAAAAUGCUUCAGUAUUAAGAUCACAACAUUAAAGUAGUUUGAUAUUUUGGAAAAUCGUUCCUUGGUCAAAUUUGUCCACUUGUUAGACAAAAUCUGGCUUGAAUUUGGAAUGUAAAGUGAAAUAAUACCUGAAGCAGUGUUGCUUUUGUGUUUGCUAUAUGCCUGAUAAUGUAGGCAGAGAGUUGGUCUGGCUUUUCAUUCGAAGCGUUAUUGUAUUUUUGUCUGCAGAUGAUUUGAAUUUUUUGUUUUUGCACAAUGUUGUGUGUUCUAUUGGCUGAGUAAUAUGUUGUCAUUUUGGAGUUCAUCACAUUGUUGGUAUGAAUUCGAAAGGAAAUACAAAUUUUGAGUUGCAUUCUGUUAAUGAUCAGUCAGUUGAUGAUAAAUUGGUGUCUAUCGCUGGACCUUUGAUGAUAGAUGGUGACCUUAUAGUACCAUGUAUCAAAAAAAGACUAAAAUAAUGUAAAACUAUGGGGCUGUUGCAAUAAGAUUUGGGGAAAGGAAAACUAAUCAGUCAUCAAAUACCUGUUGCUUUGUUUGGAGUCAUUAUAAUUACUUGUAUAUGUAAUCUAUUUUGCCUUAAUGGGCCCCUGUGAAAUGGGGUUUAUUUUGUGUUUGUUCAAGAAUCUCACCUUCAGUUUUGUCUCAAUUCUUCUGCUGAGUUAUAUGUGAUUUAUAGAGUUUUUACCCAAGUCACAGAGCCGUGGGUAAUUACAGUUUUUGUCAAGAAAAUGAGGAUUCUGUAGUCUUACUAAAGAACUGUUGAGGUCUGCAUGAUAAGAUCACUUGAUUUAGCAUGCGACACUUUAGAAAUAACAUAAUAUGCUAUACUGUCACGCAGUAUCAUAGACUAGAGAACACUUUUUGGCAUAUUUAUGCGUGUUUGUUUUGAGUUGAGAUGUCCAGUUUACUAAUAUGAGUUAGACUGCUAGAUUGUGCCAUCGCUUGAACUGUUAGUAUUUGCAUGUUUUAUCAAUGGAGGAGUAAUUGAAGCACUGAGACACAAAAUGCCAUUUGUCCAGAACUGUAUACUUAUGCUGAACUGGUUGAUCACGUCAGUAGGACAAUGGGUGAUAUGAAUAAAGACUAGCAAAUGCUUUUACUCUGGUUUUGUACAGGAAGGCCUAGUGUAAAUGUACAUGGAGAUUUAGAUAAAAGCAUUUGCUAGUCUUUAUUCAUAUCACCCAAUGGUGCCCUGUUCGAUAAAAGAGCAUGGCGCGAGUAUUAACAUCAUUUUAGUGCUUGACUGGGGAGGCUCCAGGGUAUCUCAGAUCCAUGAUUCAGUUGGACGGAUCGAUCGCCAAAGCCUUAGAUCAGGAUCUGCGAUGUUCCUUGAGGUUCCUCGGUUCAAGUGCCAGACCCUUGGUGGUCUUUCCUUUGCAGUAGCUGCUCCAAAACUGUGGAACCAGCUGCCGCAAAAUCUCCGUAACAUUGAUUCCCUCCAGACGUUGAAGUCCCUCCUAAAGGCCCACCUUUUUGCAGUUGCCUUUGGGGAAAAAAGAAUACCCACUCGCUGAGUAAAUUGGAGCGCUCUACAAAUGCCAACAUUGAUUGAUUUUGAAAUCUCGGGUCCAAAUGCUUCAAUUUGUGCGAGCGAUACAUGUAAAUGAAUAUGCAAUCUUAUGGUAGCCGUCCACGUCCCUUGACAACUUCGGUUGAAUCUUUCAGGCUGGAACAUAUUCUUGGAUCACAAGUUGAGGUUACUCUAUAUAUUCAGGAUAAUUUCACCGUGUCGGAAUAAUACUGGUGAGACUCGACACAGGUGUGUAUCCACUUUAGAAACCCAUCCAGAUGUUGUGUCUGUUGACAUUGAUGUUGUAUUAACAGCCCAUUUUAGCCCAUGUACAGAUGAAGAUGUCCCUUGAUCAAAUUUGUUUUCAAUGGAGGUAUAAUCUCAUGUUUUAAUUCACUGAAUUUUAGUUCCUAUAUUUGAGAAAUUGUUGAAAUCUUGAUUUGCUGACAAGGGAUUUCAAUGACAGAGAGUAGGGACGAAGGAUUUUCACUUUGCCAAAUAAAAUUUGUUCUUACUGUAGUUCAGUAUCUAAAAUGGGGCACUGAUAGUAUGUAGUUGGCUGCUACAUGAAUGGUUUCCUUCAAUCUAGUCAUGCGGUCCAUGUAAGGGCUGUAUCUUGGGUGCAGAGUUAUGUUGUACGUUUUUCCAUGUAAAAGAUUUGUAGAUACGCAUACGCACUUUCACUGUUUUCUUUGCACUGUACAUUGAAAUCUCUACGAUAAGGAACAAUCAUUUUAUUUCUGCAUUGGUGUGGAACAUAACGGUGACACAAGCGCAGUGGUAAUUCACAUUUUAAAAUAUACCAGCUUCAUGCCACAACAGACUUGCCUGAGUCCUUUGGUCUGGUGAAGUUUCGAAGGGAGCUGAAAAGAGUGCCUUUGAUCCCUUUAAAAGUAUUUCGUCAAACAGCAAAUCUAUCUAUUGCGACCCAUAUUAAAGCGGUAUAUUAAUUUGAAAUACCACUGUGAUACAUAUAGCAAGGAAAUGCCUGGGUACUCAGGAUGGUUGUGGAAUAGUACUUAAAGAGUUUUCAAUUGUGUUUGAAAAUGGAUGACCUCUGUUUCGAGUAUGCAUUUCGUCAUGUUCAUGAAGGACAACUAACCCAGGGACAGUUCAAAAUCAUAAAUCUCAUGAAAAUGGGUAUUGGACUUCCCCGCUGUGCCCUUCAUGAACUGGUUUGUCUCGGUACCGUCUUGGUCCAUGAAUGAUGCCGAGUAGGGACUUACACUGAUAUCACAAAAGAGUUGAUGUGAUUCAAGUCGGACUAAAAUGUCUGCUUAAAAGUGUAAGAUACCCAGUAUUUAUUCAAAAUAUCAAUAAACAGCAAUUGUCGAAA